AUGGCUUCGUUAACAAAUCUAAGUUACAUUUCAUUCCAAUACAAAAACCCUAGCAGAUUCUCUACAAUGUUUCGCGUUACAGCUGAUUCUACUGCUCCUAAAGCUAGAUUUAUUGCUCGACGUAAAGAGUCAUUAUCUGUUAAGCAACUUCAACGUCCGUUAAGGGAGUAUAUGAGCUUGCCAGCGAGCCAAUACUCGGUGUUGGAUGCGGAGAGGAUUGAACGAGUGGAUGAUAGUACGUUCAGGUGUUACGUGUAUAGGUUCAAGUUCUUUGCAUUUGAAGUUUGUCCUGUUUUGUUGGUUAGAGUUGAGGAGCAGCCUGAUGGAUGUUGUAUCAAGCUGUUGUCUUGCAAGCUAGAGGGAUCUCCUAUUGUGGUCGCCCAAAAUGAUAAAUUUGAUGCUUCUAUGGUGAACAAAAUAUCUUAUGACAGCAAGCGAAGUGACUCACCUUUGCAGCAGCUGACUUCAGAUGCUGUUAUUGAGGUUAACAUUGAAAUUCCCUUUGCAUUUCAAGCAAUUCCAGUGCCGGCAAUUGAAUCAACUGGUGCUCAGGUCCUAGAUCAGAUACUAAAGAUCAUGCUUCCUAGGUUUAUGGCACAGCUAGUGAAGGACUAUCAAGCUUGGGCUUCAGGUGACACUUCAAGGCAGCCUCUAGGAACUGGUCAGAUUUGAGACAGCAAGAGUCGUGUCGUCCUACGAAGUCUCAUUGGUUGCUUAUGUAAUUUAUAAUUGCAAGAGAGCAGGAAGUUCUUUGGUGGCAACAAAUAUUCUCCGCUAGUUUCUCUAUAUCAAGCAGAGACUUUGAUUUUCUCAACUUAUAUGCUCGGUUAGUGGAUAAAAUCGCAGCCCUAAAUCUCAGUUCAGGCAUGUGUUCCUACCAAGAUCAACCAUAAAUGUGUAGAAAAAUAUGGAUGGAUAAUCUGUGUAUGUAUUGAUUUUUUGUUGCCAGAUUACAUCUUUAAGCCCUUGCAUAAGAGGUGAAUACUCAUGAACCGAAUUCGAUCAAAUUAUUUUCUUCAUAUAUUUGGUGUUAAGACAGUAUCCGGCUGCCGUUUAUGUAGGAGUUGUUACACUCAAA